AUGGCCGAGCCGGCGCAGAAGGGCGGCGUAGGGCAGGGCGAGCGGCGGAAUGAUGAUGAGGAGGAGGCAGCGGCGGCGGCUGCAGCCCCCCCGCCCAGCUACGAGGACUACGAGUGCAAGAUCUGCUACAACUACUUCGACCUGGAGCGGCGGGCGCCCAAGCUGCUGGAGUGCCUGCACACCUUCUGCCAGGAGUGCCUGAGCCAGCUGCACCUGCGGGCCGCCCAGCAGCCCUCCGCCUCCGCCGCUGAAUCGGGGCCGGGGCCCGGCCGGUCGGGCGGCGGCUCGCUGGCCUGCCCGCUUUGCCGCCACCGCACGGCGCUGCCCGACCACCGCGUCCACGGCCUCCCCGUCAACACCAAACUGGCCGCCGCCUGCCCUCCGCAGCUACGGGCCCGCGACCCGCUGCCCCAGGACACCUUGCCGCCGCUGCCGCCCCGCCGCCCGCCCCGCGCCCGAGAGGCGGCGGCCACCCUCGCCCCGCCGUCCCCUGCUCCUGCGGGCCGGGCUGGGCCGCGCUCCUCGGGCGGCGGCGGCUAUGAGAGCUGCCAGAGCUGCAAGCGGGCGGCGCUGAGCGCCGGCUGCGUGUGCGUCGUCGUCUCCUUCCUCUCCAUGGUGGUGCUGCUCUUCACCGGUCUCAUCUUUGUCAACCAGUACGGCGGUGAUGCCGCCGGGCCCGGCGCCUCGGCGUCGCCGUCGCCGGUGGGGCCCAUUUGCCUGUCGGUGGCCAGCAUCCUCGCCCUCUUCUCCGUCGUCGUUACAUGGCUCAUCUGCUGGCUCAAGUACCGGCCCGAGGCGGCGACUGGCGGGGCAACCGCAAACGGUACCCCGCGGGGCCGGGCGGCGGCUGCCCGCAGGAGCGACACGUAG